CAGACUUCCUCAUUGUACCAACUUCCCGCACAUCCACUGGCAAGGCCGGACGACAAAUGACGGCCGCAUUUCUGGAACUAUACGAGGCCUUGGAUGUCGUUGGAAACGGCUCCUUUGGUGUCAUUCGGAAGGUCCGCCGGAAAACAGAUGGCGUAAUAUUCGCUCGCAAGGAGCUGAACUUUGAGCGGAUGAGUGAACGGGACAAGAAGCAGAUCGUGGCUGAAGUAAACAUUCUGAAAGAUCUUCAUCAUGACCAUAUCGUCCGCUACCACGACCGCUCGGUGGACCGCGAUGCCGGCACGCUUUACAUCAUCAUGGAGUUCUGUGGUGGUGGCGACCUCUCCUCCGUGAUCAAACAAGCUAUCAAGCACAACCGGCCGAUCGCAGAGGAUGCCAUCUGGAACUACUUCAUGCAAAUUCUCUUAGCUCUGAACCACUGCCACAACACGGGAGGACACGGUAGAACCAGUAGCGCUGGUAGCACUGGUGAUAUGGAGAAUAGAGAGAAGAGGGCACAGAUCUUGCACCGCGACUUGAAGCCGGACAACGUUUUCUUGGAUGAGUCCAAUACCGUCAAGCUAGGUGACUUUGGGCUUUCCAAGGCCCUCUCACAGGCAGCAAGUUUCGCGAACACCUACGUCGGAACACCUUACUACAUGUCGCCGGAACUGAUGCAGGAAAAGGCGUAUGACUCCAAAUCCGACAUUUGGUCAUUGGGAUGCUUGAUCUACGAGUUAUGUGCGCUGAAGCCGCCUUUCCACGAGGCAAAGACGCUUAGUGAGCUGAGCAUUCUUAUUCGGCUAGUAAUUUUCUUGCUCGGAUGGGAUCUGUUCUGAGUCAUUAAUAGGAGCGGACGAAUCCCACCUUUGCCCCGAAACUAUUCACAGUCGCUGUCGUCGAUCAUCAAAUCUAUGCUCAACGUUAAUGUACCACAAUCUUUGCUCUCCCGAAGAGAUUGCCUUACUGAAUGACAUCAGCCAGCCAUGCGUCCAUCUGCGGCACAGCUACUUCAGCACGAAAGAAUCGAGUUCGCACACAAAGUCUCGGAAACUGAAAAACUGCUGAACACCAUCAAAACGCAUCGUUCGAACCUUACUGCCAAAGAACGAGAUCUGUGUACACGAGAAUCGGCGUUGAAAGAGCAGGAGGCUCAUAUUGCUGAAGCAAUACAGCAGCGGGACGGACAGAUUCAUCUUCUGCAGACCCAGCUGCACGAAUGUCACAUGGAUAUGAACUCACGACCCAACAUUUCGGAUGUCAAUAUGGCAGUGAAACAACGCGAGGAGGAGCUCCGAGUUCUCGUUUUGAAACGUGAAGAGGAGGUCAGCCAGUCAAUGCAACGACGAGAAGACGAAAUAAUGGAGGCGAUCCGGCGAAGGGAGGCGGAGGUUUUAGAUGCUUGGAGCAAACGCGAAGAAGUGUUGAGGGAAGAAUUCCGUCUAGCAUUAGCUCAAGAGCUUGAGGCGCGAUCUGGGAUGUUUGAAGAACGGGAAUCAGAUCUCCUUCGAAGAGAGGCUGCUAUGAAAGAGGAUGAAGAGCGAGUCGACUCUGCGAAGCGAUUAUUGGAGGAGAAGGUCAAGGUUUUAGACGAACAGAUGGCCAACCUGUCAGCGUCAAAGAAGGAUCGUUCUCCUCUUGACGAAGUUCAGAACAUCCUGUCCCGUGCCGCACAGCAAGUCACCCCGAAGGUAUCCGCAGCAUCCAAACCUUCGAUGAAGAACCAAACGCCUUGUCCCGUCACCGUAACUCCUCUGCAACGAAGCUCGACCCACAAACUGAAAGAGCUGUUUCAACCCUCGGCAAUGAAGGGCGUCGUGCUGACCAACACGGGCGAGGUUUUGACGACACCAUCACCAGCAGAGUUGGCUAAGAUGUUCGACUUGAGCCGAAGAUUCGAAGACGAGGUGAUGGCAUCGCCCAAAGUUGGCCUGAACUUCGCGCAAGUUUUUGAUGGGGACAAGAAGGAUGCAGGCCGAGGGCUUGUGCAGAAACUGAGGGAGACAGCCUUGGAAUCGGAGAGUGAAGCCGAAGAUGAAGAAAGAGAGACGAUUCGGAGGACGACACAAGUGCGCAGGCGCCGUGAAUCUGGAGCUGAUGUCAACGGUGAAGGCUCAGCACCUCCGACGCGUCUCCGGCGGCCAUCUAUCCGCACUUCUGGCCGUCGUUCGCUCGUCCCGAGUACUGUCUCGGAUUCGGAAAUCGCGACCACGUCCACGUCAACGACACAGUCAAAACCUAAAGCAAGACCAUUACCGCAUCCUCAUCUUGCAGCAACCGGCAGCACAGCCUUCCCGACAAGAUCGAAUACCGCGCCAACAUACGAUAUGGACGACGACGAGAAUCUACCGAGCCCGUUCCUGAAGCGAACGGAACGCGUCGCCGCUGCAGCCGGAAGUGCCGCGGCCAGCGUGGGUGCCGGCGCUGCUCGGAAGUCGCUCACCAAGCGGCCCAGUGGAGGCAAUUUUCUAAGAGUGGUCGCGGCCGUGAAUUCGAGUGCGACCAAGCGCGGGACUUCGGUGGUUAGGGCCUGACUUUCUACCUCACCUUUAUAUUCAUGUUCACGUAUCUGCAUGCCUUUUCUUUCACGAGCACUAUAUGAUACCUUUAUGUACAUCAAAUCGCAUUUGUCAGGA